GGAUGUUUUUAAGUUUAAAUAGCAUGAAAAUACGCUCGGUUUGAUUUCAAUAAUGUCGGAAGGGUUGCAGGAAGUCCUGGAUCCACGUGUACAGUGUAUCCAAGACAAAAGGACAAUCAUCAGCCAUGUAUUUAAUAUUUCAGGAUCAGCUGGAGAAUCUGAAUGUUUGUACAGAUAAAAUCAACCAGUUAGAGUUACAGCUGGAUGAAGCGAAUGCCGUUUUUCGGAGUACAUUGAGCGAAUCGAGCCAAAGGUUGAAACAGCUCGCCAAGAAAUCGGGAAAGUGUAUCGAAAUUGCAAGACCGUAUUAUGAGUCGAAAGAGGCGGCGAGAUUGGCUCAGAUGGAGUGUCAGAAGGCUGCGGUGCAAUAUCAGCGUGCUUGUAGUAUUCAUAAAGCUGCACGAGAGACCAUUACUAUGGCAGAAGAGAAAUUUCUAAAUAAAGAUAACAAUUGGAAAUUCAAUACAGCUUGGCAAGAAAUGGUGAAUCAUGCAGCUAUAAAAGUAUUAGAAGCAGAAGCAUUAAAAGUGGAGAGUGAAAGGGAACAUCAGAAAAGAGCACAGAUGUGUGCUGUUGCGGAAGAGAAAGUUCAAAUUUUGGCUAGACAAUUAAAGCAUGCAAUCAUAAAAUCGAGACAAUAUUUUGAAGAGAAAACAGAAUUUCAAAAAAAACUUCAGGAUUUGAAGCUUCGUGUCGAUAGUUUACAGAAAUCGGUCAGUGAUGCCAAAGCGACUUAUUCCAAAUCGCUGCAUAAUUUAGAGAUAAUAUCCGAAGAAAUUCAUGAAAAAAGAAGGAUGUUACAACCAAGAGAACCUGGUGUUGGUGCUGAAUUAGAAGCAACAGAAUCAUUAUUAGAUAUAGAUAAAUGUCAUCUUAUCGACAGUAUUAGCCAAGCAGAUAAUGAUUCGCUGGAUCGAGAAAGUAGUUACGAUUCUCUCGAUACUACUUUCGAAAAGAUGAUUCCUGAAUUAAAUUUAAAUAUGUUUGAAGUUAUCAGAACACGAACUCUCUCUGAAUAUAGUGCAUGCUCUUCUACUGUAGAAUCAACAGCAUGUUCUUUCCGUUGUGGCUCGGUCGAGCCCGAAUGCAAUUCCGAUAUCGUCCACCAAAGGGAAGUAUCGGACGUUAGUAAAAUUAGUUCUCAGAUUCGGAAUCUUUCGAUAGACGAUAGCAGUGAAUUUGUAGAAAUUGACCUCAAUAGCGAUUAGUCGUUUUAAAGUAUCUACUUUUUUAUAUUGUUAUGAGGAAAGUUUUAAUCAAAGCAUUCCAUUAUUCAAUAUCUAUCAAAAUAUCAAUUUUGUCCUUUUAACUAGAAUGUAGGAUAGUAGUGUUAAAUUUACAUGUACGACAAACAAAUUCUAAGUAUUAUUUUUAUGACAAAAAUGCACAUUAAAUGUAUUCAUGUAAGGUUUGUUAGAAGUUGGACGGUGAGUAGCAACAGAAAUGUAUAAUAGAAAGAUUACGAAUCAUUUAUUUAAUAAUAAUAUAUGUUUAAUUUAUUUAUCAAAACAUUACCAAAAGUUUUGUUAUAAAAACUUUAACUAUAAUUUUCUUCUCUGGCAAGUGUUGUAUAAUAAUUCUUAAGCGAGAAGAUAUUUAAGUUUCAAAGAGAAAUUUUCUCAGCUCUGUAAAUAAAUAAAUAUAGGUAAGUGCUAUAAUUAAUUUUAUUAUGUAGAUAAUUUAAUACUAAAUACUUAUAGAUGUUAGAAUAUUAUAAAUAGUAGUAAGGCAUUUGUCGUCGAGUAGGAAUGUUAAUGUAUAUAUUAAUAUUAUUGUUAAAUUCUUCUUCACUCUUCGGGUACUCACUUAAAAGCACGAAUGAAAAAAGCAAUAACAAAAAAAUUACGUAACAAGGUUUGGUGUAGGUCCACGAUAAUAGAAUAAUUUUACAAAUAAUUAUUCAAUAUGUCAAUUUCUACAUAUCUUAAUUCACAUAUUCUGCAUUGCACGUACAGUUUUAGUUAGAAUUUCGAUAAUUAUUUUCUUAUAAUUUGCAUUAUUCAUCUAUGCCAGGGGUGGCCAAACCGUGGCGCAUGCGCCAAACUUGGCGCAUUGGACGAUUACAAGUGGCACUUUAGUCAGUUCUGAGCAAC